UAAUAAUGGAAACCCAAAAAGGCAAAAGAAUGGGAUAAGGUAAAUUAGCUGGUGCAAAAAGACAUAAAAGUAAAAUGAACAAGGAAAAGAAGGGAGGAUAACACAUUACAAAUGGAGACAUCCGAAGACUUGCUAGAAGAGGUGGAGUAAAAAGAAUAUCUUCAGAUUCUUACUCAACAACUAAGUAUCAUUUCUAACUAUCAAAUAAGAGAUGUCAUAGUUAGUUUUUUGUAAGCUCUUGUUAAAGAUGCCAUUAUAUACACAGAACAUGCCUAGAGAAAUACGGUUUAAGCCAUGGACGUAGUUUAUGCAUUAAAAAAGUAUGGAAGAAACUUAUUGUUGAAUAACGAUUGA